AUGAGGGCUGUGCCCAUCAUCCGCAGCAGGACCGGCUGCUUCACCUGCCGGCGCCGCAAGAAGAAGUGCAACGAGGAAAAGCCCGUCUGCAGCGGGUGCAAGCGAAACAAGCUGGAGUGCACAUGGCCGGCCGAGCUGCCGGCACGGGAGCAAGCACAAGGACAGCCGCGUGGCCGGGAGAGAGCUGCGUCGACGACGUCAAAACCUGCCGCUUCUGCUGCGGCGGCGGCGGCAACGCCUGUCCCGCGCUCGCCCAGGCCGGACGACGUACAAUCGCCAGUGAGCCCGGCCUUGCAGCGGCUACAGCUGACGGCGUCUCCGCGGCACGGGAGCAUUGGAUCGGAGGGUGUGUUGCCGAAUGAUGCCGAGAGCUCGGCUGCGCGACGAUAUUCCGAUGGAUCGUCGGACGGGUCUUCGUCCAGGGCCGGCGGCGACAGCGUCCGAAACGGCGACGAGAUGCCGGACGAGUUGGACGAGGCAGUGUCUCCGGCGUCUCCAUUGUCGUCGUUUGGGAGUCUGGUCGCCCUCGACGUGGAUGCCGCCCUGCAGCAGCGGCGCAUGUCGGACGUGUCUGCCCUCUCGCCGUUCGCAUUCGUCUCGGGCCGGGAGAGCUUCAGCGGCGACGGCCUCUAUCUGCACGACAACAUCCCCAUGAACAUGAGCCUGCUGCCGUCGCAUGGCCACGACUCGUUCGAGCUGCUGAGCUACUACCUCGAGCGCACGGCCAACAGCAUGGGCAACGGGUCGACAGACAUCAACCCCUUUGUUGCGAAGCUCAUCCCUCUUGCUUUUUCCGACCCUCUGGUGUUGCAUCUCAUACUGGCGCAGAGCGCGGUGCAUCGGCAGUCAUCCAAGCAGUGCGUAUCGGGCGGCGAGGUGGCCACCCGAUACUACGCAGAUUCGCUGCGCAUGUUUAGAAACCUCGUGGGGGAGUACGUGUCCGGCAAAGAAGGCACCAAUCUUGUCGUGACGGUCGGCAGUCUCAUUCUAUGUCUGACAGAGGUUGCCCGAGGCGAUGUGCGCGGCACGAUAUUCGACCAUCUGGCGGCGUCGAAAUCGCUCCUCACAAGCCUCCUCAGCCAAUCUCGACCAGAAGCCAGCGACGACCUGCCCGACUUCCUCGUCGAGUACUACAUGCACAUGGUGGCGUGCAGCAUGAUCUCCAAAGACGCGCGCGGCGGGUCGCAACCCGCGCUGAGCCCGGCCAUCGAAAACGCGGCCAAGCAGCUCCUGGACAAGAACUACACGGGCCAGCUCUGCGGGAGCUGGCUGGAGAUGCUGACGCUGAUACCGCAGGUGUUCCAGCUCGGGCAGAGCAUGCUGCGGACGGGGGCGGCGUCGGCGUCGCCCGACGACAUCAUCACGUUUGGCCUGCUGCAGUCGCAGAUCCUGGGCUUCGCGCCGUCCCUUCUGGCCAGCACCAGCAGCCAGCUGGCCGGGCUCGUGUUCAAGCAGGCCGCGCUGCUGUACCUCUGGAGCAUCUUUGGCACGCCGCAGCAGGCGCCGGCGCGGCAGACCAUGCACGGCGACCUGAUGAACGGCGCCGUGCUCGAGGCCGUCGCGCUGCUGGGCCAGCUGCCGGCUUCCGAGAGGGUCAAUACCAGUCUCUGCUGGCCGCUGACCGUCGUGGGAUGCUGCACGACGAGCGUGGAUGUGCAGCAGGCGUUGAGGGCGCGGCUGGAGACCAUGAUUGACACGAUUGGGCUGGGGAACAUGCGGCAGACGCUGGCGCUGCUGGAGCACGUUUGGGAGCAGGACCCCGGGGAUAUUAGUCCGUGGACGCUGCGGGCGGUGAUGCAGCGGUACGAGAUUUGGAUAUCGUUUGCGUGA